UUCUCCACCUAGAAAGGAACGCUCCCAUAUCUCACUAUAUUAUAGACUUAGAGUCAUGACAAGGUGUAUGCAACGAUUCCAAUGAUCUUCUUUGGGCACGGGUCUGGCCAUCAUGUUAAGUGGUCGAUUUGCUCCAAUCUGCAAGAUUUUUCCGGUUUAUCAAGCGUCCAACGCUCGUCUUCAUUUGACUUCUGCCAUAAAGUCCAUAGGACGAUAUGCUAAGCUACAAAAGAAGAAAGACCAGCUGUCGGCUUAUCCUCCCGAAUUUCGUGCAAAAUUGAGCGAAUGGCCGAGGUUAUUGCAAGCUGAAAUCGAUGAAGGUGUUGCUCAUCUAAAAGAACUCAAAGAGCAGACGGAUCUUCGUGAACUUGAGCACAGAGGGCUUUUGAUAGCUAGCUUGCGAUUGAUCUCGGAUGACCUUCAUCCAAUCACUGGUAGGACAGUGGUUUUGAAAAGGACUGCUCCUGGCAAUACACUUGAUCGCUCGAAGAUCUUUCGCGCUGGAGCUCCGCUAACCAUACGUGAUGCGAACUCCUUGAGAGAAAUAGCGGAGUGCGUUAUGCUGUCAUCAACUAAGAAGGAAAUAACGGUCAAAAUUCGACCAUCGAGCAGUUCAAAAUCUCUCACUGGAGACACUGAUUAUGUUAUCACUCUAUCGCAGUCCAGUGGAGCUUUGCAUUCUGUGCAAGACUUUUUCUUGGAGAACAAAGCAGUCGACACUCCAGGCGUUCAACUACUCGGAUAUGCCUUUCGUGCAAAGAACAUGCCAUCUAUACAUAACGAUCGCAUGCUUUCCGAUUUGCCUGAAGAGCUCAAUGAAAGUCAAAGACGAGCUGUCAGUGCUGCUCUCAAUAAGAAACGCCCUUUCGUGACCAUACAAGGUCCCCCGGGGACAGGCAAGACUAGGGUAGUAGCGGAAAUAGUGCGGCAGUUGUACAUGAAGAAGCAGAAGGCUCUGGUAUGUGCACCUUCACAUGUGGCUGUAGAUAAAGUAAUGUCAGAAGUACUGAAAUGCUUUGCAGAACCCAAAGAUCUCGAAGAUUCAGAUAUCUCUGAUGUGCAGAAUGAAGUAGUUGCUAAUGCUGAAACAAUAGAAGAAGCUAUCACUUCCAACGACAAGUACAUGGAACUUUGUGACAUAUUCGAUAAAAUGAAUGUAGCUAACUCUGAUGAGCGAGCAAAACUGAAGAAAGAAGCGAGCCGACUAAAGUGGAAGAUUUUGAAGGAAGCCUACAAAAAACGUCUUGUAAUAUUCUGUACUUUGACUUCGUCUGCUAUUCAGCGGUUGGCGCAAGUGAAUUGGCAUCCUGAUGUCAUCAUCAUCGAUGAAGCGGCGCAGGCUUCUGAGCCGGUUGCAUGGGCGGCGAUUGUACAGGCCAGACGGUGCGUCUUGGCUGGUGAUCAUGCUCAGCUUCCUUCAACGGUUGUAUCCACCGAGGCGUAUAAAGGUGGUCUUCACAUCUCGCUUAUGGAACGAUUAGUCAAGGAGUUUGCGAACGCUAAUAUCAAUCAGUUGCUCACUGUGCAAUAUAGGAUGAAUGGGAAGAUUAUGCAGUGGUCAUCAUAUGAAUUCUAUGAUUGCAGACUGAUUGCAAGUGAGAAUGUCGCAAAAAUCACUUUGAGUGACAUAUCACUCCUGGACUCUAAAGCAGCCAUGAAUGAUCCAUUAAUCAUGAUCAAUACAGAUCUCUGCAGGAACGGUUCAAAAGAUAUGUACAAAGAAGAACGCUCACAGAUGUCAUAUAAAAAUCGAGGAGAAGCUCAACUUGUCUUUCAAUAUCUGCAGAUUUUGAAAAAUCUUGGCAUACCGCCCAAAGAAAUAGCAGUAAUUUCACCAUAUUAUGCACAGGUAGCAGUUAUACGUGAGAUGAUGGGAUGUGAUGUAGCUGUCAACACUGUAGACUCUUUUCAAGGACAAGAACGAGAGGUAGUCGUAUUCACUAUGGUACGACAUAAUGAAGAAAAAUCUAUUGGUUUUCUGCAUAAUGAGAAGCGCUUAAAUGUGGCAAUUACGAGAGCAAAAAGGCAAUUUGUUUUGAUUGGAAGUGCACGUAUGAUGGGCAGUAAUCGGCAUUUGCGCUCACUCUUCCGCACAAUCCGAGAAGUGGGGAAAGUCUACGGACCCGGAGUGAUGGAAGAUUUUGGGAAAGAGGUCGCAGCGUCAACCAGAAAGUCGUCCUCCGUUAUUGAAUGGCAGAACUUCGAAGUGUGUGAGAUCGAUAGCGUGACCGCGACGCGUCCGCACGUGUCCUGUGAUUUCGCCAUCGAUUGCCAGUUCCUUCACUUCUCCACGUCGUCGCUAGUAGAGAAGUGCGUAAAUUACAAGAAGUUGUGA